CAAGACAACAGAGUAUUUUAGAGCGACCAUAUUUCAGACUGUAGCUUAUUUGGUUGUCUCAUGGUUACUCAGACAAAGCAGUUGAAAAAACAACAACAAAAAAAACAAACUUAAAUUAACUUGAAUCUUUUAGCAAACGUAACCGCAGUGUGCAGGAGGUGAAGAGAAAGAGAGAGAGAGAGAGAGAGAGAGAGAGAGAGAGAGAGUCAUGGACGCGCAAACUUCCACUCGGAUUGUGGUGCUUGGGAAAACUGGCAGUGGGAAGAGUAGCCUGGCCAACACCAUUCUGGGAGAAAAGCUUUUCCACAUCGGCCACGCUGCAGUUUCAGACCAGAACUUCUGUCGUGCAGAAUCCAGGAUCAUCAACGGAAAACCAGUGACUUUGAUUGACACUCCAGGCUUCUUCGACACCUGCUCUUCCGAAGAUCUAUUUAAAAGAGAAUUAGUCCGAUGCUUCACGCAGACUGCGCCAGGACCCCACGCUUUUCUAAUCGUGCUCAAAGUAGAGAGGUACACCACCCAGGAGCAGGAGCUGAUCAGCAAAAUCACCCAAUAUUUUUCAAAGGAGGCGUUUAAAUUUGCCAUAGUUGUAUUCACGCACGGCGAUCAGCUGGAGCCAGACCAAACCAUUGAAGAUUUUGUCCAACCGAAUCUGGCGCUAAGAAAUUUGGUUGAAAAAUGUGGAGGAAGAUGCCACGUAGUUGAUAACAAACACUGGAACAACCCUGGUCAAGAUAAGAUGAGAAGUAACUGCUUUCAGGUUGCAAACAUACUUAGUACAGUUGAGAGCGUUGUUAAAGAGAAUAAAAAUGGCUACUACACAAACAAUUUAUUUCAAAAAGUAAUGCAAGAGGUAGAGAGAGAGGAGGAAAGGAUCAGGCAAACUGCAUCAAACAGCGAAAUGUCCCCAAUUGAAAUCAGAUCACAAGCCAGAACUAGCAUCGCCAAUGUGCUGAUGAUCAAAUUAGCAGGAGUAGCAACAGGGGCACUAAUAGGGGCCUUCUUGGGGCUAGUGGAUAUGAUGAGGACCACUCUGGAGAACCUGGAAAGUAGUGCUGGUUCAUCUGGGAUUUCAAGGGAUAUAGUGGUGUCUACGGUCCAGGGAGGAGUACUGCAAGGGGGAAUGGCGGGCUAUCAGGCAGCCCGUGGAGCAACCAGCGUGAAUGAAUGAAGCAGUGCAGCAGACUUUUGAAGAACUCACUAGAAAUAUCAGGCAGUAAGAGCAGGGUUAAUGUUCGUUAGUAGGGUUCGGAAAGAUGGAACGUAUAGCUCUGGUUUUGACAGUUUAUGUUUUUUAUUUGUUUUUGUUUUUUUAACAUUAGAAGGUGGCAAAUCAGUUUUUAAAGUUACUGAAACAUGUUAAAGGUCCAAUAUUAUGUGAAAUUUACUCUUGUGAGCUUUAAGCCAUAUUAAAAUGUUGUCACCUCAUCAAAAACAUACCUGAAGUUGUAUUUGGCUUCAUUCACACAUGUUUGAGUAACCCUUUAUUAUUUGUCUGUCUACAUCUCCAAAGCUCAAAAUGCUCUGCUCCACCUUGUGAUGUCAUCUAGCAGUAGUUUUCACAUUAACAGCUACCUUUUAUAUGCAAGACUGGUGUGUUAAAUAUAAAACAAAACACAGCUCCAGGUAUGUUUUUGAUGAGGAAACGACAUUACACAAUAUGGGCCCUUUAACUAACCUUAAAACAUGAUUCUUUUUUUUACCUGUUUCAAGUACUUUCUGUAGCCUUCCUCAGAGGGAGUGUUCACCUAAUCACACACAGAAUGGACUCUUGGAGAAGGCAUGCAAAACUAAGCAGCCUACAAGACA